CUCUCCAAACCCCUCCCGUUUCAAUUUACUUUUUACUCCCACACAUUGGCAGAAUGGACGAGAAGCUACUGGACUCCAAGGCGACCUUUCUGUCGCUUGAUCUGGAUGACCGUCUGCUGCGCGCACUGGGCAACAUGGGCUUAGUGCACCCGACCCUGGUGCAGGCCAAGGCGAUUCCCCUGGCUCUCGCAGGCAAAGAUAUCCUGGCACGGGCCAAGACGGGCUCUGGAAAGACGGCAGCCUACUGCCUGCCAGUCCUGCACAAGAUCCUGCAGGCCAAGGACGAGCUCAGUGUGAACAGCGAGGAGCGGAAGCGGACGCGUUCGUUGAUCCUGGUGCCGACGCGUGAGCUGGCGGAGCAGGUGUUCAAGUAUAUUGCAGAUCUGUCAAAGUUCUGCGGCAAGGACAUUACAGCGGUGAACAUUGCGACUAACGCCGCGCUACAUAUCCAGGCACCGCUGCUGGCGGAGUUGCCCGAUGUCGUGGUCUCGACGCCAGCCAAGAUCCUCAAGCACCUUGUUGCCAAGAGCACCAGCCUGGAGACCCUCGAGACGCUGGUGAUUGACGAGGCCGAUCUGGUGCUGUCGUUUGGCUAUGAGGAGGAUAUCCGCGGGAUCCUGGCGCACCUGCCAAAGAUCUACCAGUCGAUGCUGAUGUCAGCCACACUCAAUAAGGGCGUGGAGUCGCUGAAGAAACUGAUUCUGACCAAGCCUGCGAUUCUGCGCCUUGAGGACGACAAGGAGGAGUCGAGCAGCCUGGUGCAGUACGUCGUGAGGUGCACCGAGGAGGACAAGUUCCUGCUGGCUUACGUCAUUCUGAAGCUGAAGCUGAUUGCCGGCAAGUGCAUUUUGUUUGUCAACGAUAUUGACCGGAGUUACCGUCUCAAGCUGUUCCUGGAACAGUUCUCGAUCCGGGCCUGUGUACUGAAUUCGGAGCUGCCGUUGAACUCGCGUUACCACAUUGUCGAGGAGUUUAACCGCGGAGUCUACGACUAUAUAAUUGCUACAGACGAGAGUGACAAGAUGGGCGAGGCUGAUACAAAGGAGGACGAGGAAGAGGAGGAAGAGGCUGUGGAGGAGACCGAGGCGGCCGAAGAAGCCAAGGGCGAGGAGGAUGCCGAGGAGGAGAAUACAAAGAAGAGCAAAAAGCUCAAGAGCAAAACUAAGAAGCGCAAGCGCGGGCAGGACAAGGAGUACGGCGUCUCGCGCGGCAUCGACUUCAAGGGCGUGGCGGCAGUGAUUAACUUUGACUUCCCGCUCUCAGCGCGCGCCUACACGCACCGUGUUGGGCGCACAGCGCGCGGCGGCAGGCGCGGCAUGAGCCUGUCGUUUGUCACCAAGGAGGAUGCGAAGCAGAAGACAGUGCAGGCCAACGAGGAGCCGGUGUUUGAGCGCGUGGCAGUGCAGCAGCGCAAGCAGGGCAGCGAGAUCCUGCCAUACAAAUUCGACAUGGCGCAGGUGGACGGGUUCCGGUACCGCGCCAACGACGCAAUGCGCUCGGUGACGAAGACGUCGAUCCGCGAGGCGCGCAUCAAGGAGAUCAAGCAGGAGAUCCUGAACUCGGAGAAGCUCAAGGCGCAUUUCGAAGACAAGCCGCGGGACCUGCAGUUUUUGCGGCACGACAAGGAGCUCCACCCGCAGCAGAUCCAGCCACAUAUGAGGCAUAUUCCGCAGUACCUGGUGCCCAAGAUCGCUGGCGUGGCUCAUGCGGAUGGUGUGGCGACGACGCCCGAGGUCGGGUUUGUGCCGUUCAACAAGGAUGCGAAGCGGAGGAAGGGCAGCCGGCGCGGCGGAAACAAAAAGUCAAAGGGCGGAGAUCCACUCAAGAAUCUGGGCAAGAAGCGGCGUUAGGUUUCUUUUUUUGCAUUUAGAGUAGCCCAUAUAUGGCAAGCUGCCA